AUGGGCCCAAGAAAUUACAGUGCUCUGCAUGUGUUCAUCCUGCUUGGCUUCUCUGACCACCCUCAACUGGAAAUGAUCCUCUCUGGAGUUGUCACCUUCUUUUACGUUAUUACCUUAGUGGGUAACACAGCUAUCAUUCUUGCGUCCCUCCUGGAUCCCCAUCUCCACACACCAAUGUACUUUUUCCUCAGGAACUUAUCUUUUCUGGAUUUGUGUUUCACAACAAGCAUUGUCCCUCAGAUGCUGGUUAACUUGUGGGGACCCGAUAAGACCAUCAGCUCUGUGGGUUGUGUUGUUCAGCUUUAUGUGUAUAUGUGGCUAGGUUCCAUUGAGUGUCUUCUCCUGGCUGUCAUGUCCUAUGAUCGUUUCACAGCUAUCUGUAAGCCACUGCACUAUUUUAUAAUCAUGAAUCCACGUCUGUGUAUCAAGAUGAUUGUCAUGGUCUGGAGUAUUAGUUUGGCCAACUCAGUAGUAUUAUGCACACUCACUGUGAAUUUGCCUCGAUGUGGACACAACCUUCUGGAUCAUUUCUUGUGUGAGUUGCCAGCCAUGGUCAAGAUAGCUUGUGUAGACACCACAGCAGUUGAAAUGUCUGUUUUUGCUCUGGGCAUUGUUAUUGUCCUUACGCCCCUUAUCCUUAUUCUUAUUUCCUAUGCCUACAUAGCCAAAACUGUGCUCAACAUGAAGUCAAGGGCAGGCCAAAAAAAAGCAAUGAAUACUUGUGGGUCUCAUCUCACUGUAGUCUCCAUAUUCUAUGGAACUAUUAUCUACAUGUACUUACAACCAGGUAAGAGGGCCUCCAAGGACCAGGGCAAGUUCCUCACCCUCUUUUACACCAUCAUCACUCCAAGUCUCAACCCCCUCAUUUAUACCCUAAGGAACAGAGACAUGAAAGAUGCACUGAGAAAACUCAUGAGGUUUUACCACAGAUUGCAGAAAUAA